GCCAAACUUCUCGGCGGUCCUCAAUAAAAAAGCGGGUCUGAGGGGUACCCUUUGGGUUUAGGGCUUUGGAGAAACUCCACAGCGCUCAGUUUUCGAGCUUUGAGAUUGGUCUCAGAGCAUUGUCAUUGUUUCAGACUGUUAGAUUCAUGGCGAUGGCGCCCCGGUCCAUGUGGAAUACCCUCGUGCAGUACAAGGGUUUCUGGGAUCGCAAUGGUCGACAGCUAUUUUCGAGCAACACUGGGAACCAGAAGCGAGGGCCUGUUAUGAGUAAACCCAUGGUAUUUGGGGUGGAAAAUAUUAUUGCUAUUUCCUCAGGGAAAGGAGGAGUUGGCAAAUCAACUACCGCAGUGAAUUUAGCAGUAGCGCUGGCUAUGGAGUGUAGACUGCGAGUCGGCUUGCUUGAUGCGGAUGUAUAUGGUCCUUCUAUCCCCACUCUAAUGAAGCUUGAUGGACGCCCCCAGCUCGAUUCAGAGUCAAAGAUGAUACCAAUGGAAAACUACGGUGUGCGCUGCAUGUCGAUGGGGUUGCUUAUGGAUAAAGACUCUCCAGCUGUCUGGAGAGGGCCUAUGGUAAUGAGUGCAUUGGAGAAGCUUGUACGGGGUACCGCUUGGGGAAAACUUGAUAUAUUAGUAAUUGACAUGCCUCCUGGUACCGGCGAUGCUCAAAUUUCCAUCUCUCAACGGCUUCCGUUAGCUGGGGCAGUGAUAGUCUCAACACCACAAGAUAUCGCACUGAUAGAUGCCCGAAGGGGUGCAAAUAUGUUCCGUAAAGUGGACGUUCCUAUACUGGGUCUUAUUGAAAAUAUGAGUUAUUUCAAAUGCCCAAAUUGUGGUGAGCGGAGUCACAUAUUUGGUCAUGGAGGAGCUCGUGCAACUGCGGAGGAAAUGGACAUGAACUUUCUCGGAGAGGUACCAUUGAAUGUUGAGAUUCGACAGACUUCAGACGCUGGCAGCCCCAUAGUAGCAUCAGCACCAAAUAGUGAAGCAUCCAAAGUCUACAGGGGUAUAGCAGUGGAAAUAGCUUCCAAGUUGAAGGACUGGGUAUCCUCAGGUGUGGGUGCCGGACCCCGCAUAACAGUAGAGUAAGCUGUUCUUGCUUGUGGAAGACACCUUUGGAAUCUGUAACUAGCAUGUUUUUUUUGGUGCUGGACAUAAUAUGCCAAGGAACUGACUACCAUUUAUUCAGUCAGAGGAAAUAAAAGUUAAAAGGAACCACUGCUUCUUCGAA